AUGCUGUAGCAAUGCUAAAGUGACGACAGCAUUAUAUCUAGAAGUGCUCGAGACCCUUUAACCAUCCUGUAACCAUCCAUUGCCACACUCAAAGACUGAAGAUAAAUUCCAGCAACACUGACCAUGAGAGCGGAGAGCUUAUUUCUAGUAUUGCAAUGCCUGUUGGGAUUUGUGCACUAUACCAAAGCAUUGUCAACAUGCAAUCCUUUAGACCUGGAACUGAUAAAGAGAAAGCGCAUUGAAGCCAUUAGAGGGCAAAUACUGAGCAAGCUACGACUGCCUAAGGAACCAGAAGUAGAUGAGGAAAAGGAGUUAGAAAACAUCCCAGCAGAACUGAUCUCAGUGUAUAACAGCACUGUCGAGCUAAACCAGGAGCAGGCGGCAGAUCCUGUACACCAGCCUAUAGAAGAUCCUAAUGAGGAGGGAUACUAUGCUAAAGAGGUGCACAAGUUCACAAUGAAACUGAUGAAGGAUAACCCAGAAAGGUUGAUAUGGUUCAACAUCACAGACAUAAAGCACAAAUUGGGUUCGAACCCCAUGCUCUCCCAGGCGGAGCUCCGUUUGCGCAUCAAGGAGCCUAACAUGCCUAAUUCAGAGCAGAGGUUAGAGCUGUACCAGGACACUAUGGAUAAGGCUCGCUACCUGAAUUCACGCUUCAUUUCCAAUCAAAUGGCUGGCAAGUGGGUGUCGUUUGAUGUGACGUCGACCUUAAAGGACUGGCUGCAGAACACGGAGGCGGAGCAAGGAUUUCAGUUGAAGGUGGCCUGUAAUUGUAAAACUGAGGAUUUUCAAUUCAAAAUAGCAGGUUUAUCUUUAUCACCAAGAGGUGACAAAGGCCCCUUAGCAGAACAAGAGCCAAAGCCCCACAUUUUGGUAAUGUCUCUUCCUGCUGACGGCCACAGCCUAUCAAAAUCUCGCCGAAAACGGCAAACUGAUGCCGUUUGUACCGACAAGUCUGAGGGCUGCUGUGUGAGGAGCCUGUACAUUGACUUCCGCAAAGACCUGGGCUGGAAGUGGAUACAUGAACCUUCUGGUUACAAUGCCAACUAUUGCACUGGCUCUUGCUCUUACGUCUGGACUUCAGAAAACAAGUACUCGCAGGUUCUUGCACUGUAUAGGCAUCAUAAUCCUGGUGCAUCUGCUCAACCCUGCUGCGUUCCUCAGGUUCUAGAGCCACUGACCAUCCUUUACUAUGUGGGGCGACUACAUAAGGUAGAACAGCUGUCAAAUAUGAUUGUGAAGACCUGCAAGUGUUGCUGAAAGUGUCGUUUCCGUUUGGUCCUGAUCUUGAGGCCCAGUAAUUUCUGAGGGGAACUAUUUUAUUCCUGUUCUUUUUUUUUCUUUCUUUU